AUGACGACCUUUACCAAAUUGGAGGACCAUGAGACGCCUCUCAUCUCCGUGCACCCCUCGAGGCGCAUUUCCAAGAUCAACCCUAACAUCUAUGCCGGAUUUACCGAGCACAUGGGUCGGUGUAUCUAUGGCGGCAUCUAUGAACCCGGAAAUCCGCUUUCCGACGAGAAAGGAUUCCGUAAAGACGUCCUGGAGGCGUUGAAGGGGCUCAACAUCCCUGUCGUUCGGUAUCCCGGCGGCAAUUUCUGCGCGACCUAUCACUGGCUCGAUGGUGUUGGUCCUAAGGAUCAGCGGCCAGCGCGGCCGGAGCUUGCUUGGCUCGGAACCGAGUCAAACCAAUUUGGCACUGAUGAGUUCAUGCAAUGGUGUGAGGCUCUAGGCACAGAGCCGUACCUUUGCUUCAACUUUGGUACUGGUACCCUCGAUGAAGCCUUGGGCUGGGUUGAGUACUGCAAUGGAACUGGCAACACUUACUAUGCCAAUCUGCGAAGAAAGAAUGGCCGUGAGGAGCCCUACAAUGUCAAGUACUGGGCCCUUGGAAACGAGUGCUGGGGUCCCUGGCAGGUGGAGCAGAUGACCAAGGAAGCAUAUGCUCACAAGGCGAUUCAAUGGGCCAAGGCUCUCAAACUCCUGGAUCCCACUCUCAUUUUGAUCCUCUGCGGCCAAGAUGGCACUGCUUCAUGGGAUUACUACACACUCAACAAGUGUCUUGUGCCUGCCCACUCCGCACUGUCCACUAGCUCAGUCCCUUUGAUUGACAUGCACAGCAUCCAUCUUUACACCUCCUCAUCAUCCCACCUCCCCAACGUGACAGCACCACUAGCAGCUGAGCGCGCCAUUGAAAUCACAUCCUCCUUGAUCGAUCUUGCCCGGGUUGAGAACAAUGUCCCUCCCGAGCAACUCCGACCUACCAUCUGCUUCGACGAGUGGAAUGUCUGGGAUCCCAUCCGCGCCGAGGGAAGCCAGGGUGCCGAAGAGAGCUACACUCUUUCUGAUGCUCUCGCCGUCGCCGUCUGGCUGAACGUCUUUGUCCGAAAGAGCAAGGAUGUCAGCAUGGCCUGUAUCGCACAGACCGUGAAUGUCAUCUCGCCCCUGAUGACUACUCCAGAGGGAAUCACCAAGCAGACCACCUGGUGGCCUCUUUGGCUGUUCUCCCGAUACAUGCGCGGUUGGACCAUUGGCAGCCACGUGUCUUGUGGAACAUACGAGGGUGAGACCUGCCCCAAGUGGGUUCGCAGUGUCAAGGAUACUCCCUGGUUGGAUGUCAGUGCCACUCUCGGAGAUGAUGGGUAUGUUAAUGUUGCUGUGGUGAACAUCCACGACACUGAAGACUUGGAAAGCCGUGUUGAAGGAUCCCAGGGAGAAGUUUCUGUGUUCACUGUCACCGCGGGCGAUUUGUUCGUGACUAAUAUGAAGGGCAAGGAAGAAGUGGGGAUCCAGGAGUCAACCUGGGAUGGAACUGGCACAUAUGUGUUCCCCCGACACUCGCUUACUGUCAUGAGAUGGAAGGCUGAGUAA